CGUUUUGCCGUUUGCCUGAUUGGCCUGAUUCGCUGCUCGAGGCUCGUUGUCUGGUGGUCCGCGCGUUUUGUGCACGGAAGGAACUUUUCAUCGACUCUACGCGGAUAGCUGAUUUGCGCGUUACAACAGCGCGUGCGGGACGUUGUGUGCCGGUCUCGUCUCGCUUUCUGAGCUCGCGCAGGGAAGUGUCCACCAUUGUUCCCGCUCACGGCGCAUUCAGGGCCCCUGGCGUCAGAUCGGUGAAACCCAUGUGCUUCCCUUGGUGCUGAUGUGUGUGUCUGUACGCGUUCUAUGACACGCUUCUAGAAAAGAACGGGCGCUUUCGGUUAGAAUGAUUAGACAGAAUAAACUCUAUUUUACGCGCUCGGCAGACGUAUUAAAGUAAGCAGGACCUCGUCAGGUAUGGACAUGUGGCAGCAGUGGAGUGCCGCGCAGCCGGUGAUCCCAACGGCAGGACAGUCUUUUGUGCCCAACAUCGGCGUCUUGGGAACGGUAGGAUGGCCGGCGGCCGCCGCCGCCACAGCCACCCCUCAACCGGCAGCCGCGGUGUCCUACGCAUGGCCGCAAGCGUGGACUGCCGCCGCGGCCACAGCGACAGGUGUGCCCGUGCCGCUAAACGCGGCAGCAUCGCAAGGUGCCGUCCCGACGCCGCUGCAAGCCGAUCCCGCCGCCGCCGCCGUCGCCGCCACCAACACCACCACCGCCGCGCAAGUGAACAGCGCAGCGCCCGCCGGCGCCCCAGGGAACGCGUCUGAAGCCCCGCCGGCAGCAGAGGAUUCUGAACGUAUGCAGCAGCUGAAGAACCAGGCCCAGGCGUGGCAGCAGGCCCAGCAGCAGGCCUGGCUCGCCUGGUCGCAGCAGUGGGCCGGAUGGACGUCUGCUUACGAGGCCGCAGCCACCGGCCAAGCCGCAGCCGGUCAGCCCGGCACCCAGGGUCCCGGAGGAGUCCAGACCCCGGCGGGGACUCCGGCUGCAGCAGCAGCAGCUGCUCAGGCCGCCAAUGCCCAGAUGGCGCAACAGGUGGCCCAGAUGGCCGCAGCGCAGAGUGCCGUAGCAGUGCCGAUGGCGGGCGCUCCGGCAGCGGAUGCAGAUGACGUGGAGUUUGAGCGGCAGUUCAAGGAGUGGGAGAAAAGCUUUGACCAGUGGCUCACACAGAACCGGGAGCAUCCGGACAAGGAGGCCUUUGCACGCUACGAGGGCCAGUGGAAGCAGUGGCGGCAGCAGUUGCUGGACCGCCGGCAAGAGAUGCGUCGGCAGAAGGGACUAACGCAGCAGACGCCUGCCACACAGGCAGGCUCGGCAGUGACCCCAGGACACGCUGCCCUCCAGGCUGGUUCUCCCGCCAUGCAGCAAGCCAUGGCCCAGCAAGUUGCGCUCCAGGCCAUGAGCCAACAAGCCAUGGGCCAGCAGGCCAUGGCACAACAAGCCAUGGCACAACAAGCCAUGAACCAACAAGCUAUGAACCAACAAGCCAUGAACCAGCAAGUCAUGAACCAGCAAGCUAUGAACCAGCAGGCAAUGGCACAGCAAGCAAUGGCGCAGCAGGCUAUGGCCCAGCAUGCUAUGAACCAGCAGGGCAUGGGGCAACAGGGGAUGGGGCAGCAGUCCAUGAACCAGCAUCCGAUGGGGCAGCAUUCCAUGGGGCAGCAUUCCAUGGGGCAGCAUCCCAUGGGGCAACACCCAAUGGGACAGCAUCCCAUGGGUCAACACGGCAUGGGGCAGCAUCCCAUGGGCCAGCAGUCGAUGGGGCAGCAUCCAAUGGGCCAGAUGGGACAGCACCAGAUGGGGCAGCACCAGAUGGGGCAGCACCAGAUGGGGCAACACCAGAUGGGGCAGCACCCAAUGGGACAGCAGGGCAUGGAAGAGCGGCCGAUGGGACAGCAUGGCAUGGAACGGGAUGCCAUGGAACAGCACGGGAUGGACCAGUUCCCUCAGCACCGGCCCGACGGGAUGUACAGACCGGGGCAGCGUGGGCCGAUGGAGGGAGACAUGCCUUUCUCGGGCAGGGGGCCGGAGGGACGCUUCCCGGGACACUCAAGGGGCCCCUCGCGAGGCUUCCCUGGGGGACCCUCCAGGGGAGGCCCCCCGAUGAGGGGAGGGCCCCACAUGAUGGGCGGGCCGCCGAGGGGGGGCUCGACUAUGGGUGGUCCCUCCAUGGGUGGGGGUCCCCCUAGGGGCGGUCCGCCCAUGGGUGGCCCUCAGAGAGGGGGGCCACCGAUGGGAGGGCCCCCUAGGGGCGGGCCCCAGAGAGGAGGGCCUCCAAUGGCCGGGUCCCCCAGGGGGGGACCACCCAUGGGCGGGUCCCCCAGGGGAGGGCCUGUGAUGGGAGGGCCUCCGAUGGGAGGGCCUCCGAUGGGAGGGGGGCCUCAGAGAGGCGGACCCCCUAUGAGGGGCGGUCCUCCGAUGAGGGGGGGUCCCCCGACAAGGGGCGGUCCCGGGGGCAGGGGCGGUCCCCCAAUGAGAGGCGGGCCCCCAGGUUCUCCGCGGGGGGGCAGGCCCUUCGGCGGUCCGGGCCGCGGCGACCACUUUGGGCCCCCCUUGGGCGACCGGCCCCCCGAAGAAAAGGGGGACGAGUUUGGGCGCGAGGAGUUUGACCACCCGGACAGCGAGAGGUUCGAGGCGCCCCACGAGGAGUUCGGGGGUCCUCCCCGCAACGACUUUGGUGGCCCCAACCCGGACAAGUUCGGUCCCCCCCGUGGCGACAAGUUUGGCCCCUCGCCGGACGAGGACUUCCGGGACCCGCGGGACGACUUUGACGCGCCCCACAAGGAGUUUGCGGGCCCCCCCCAUGGGGAAUUUGGAGGGCCGCCCCGACAGCAGCAGCAGUCGCCGUAUGUCUGGCGCAGCCCUCACCGUCCCCCGGGCCCCAGAGGUCCCUGGCGUGGGGGCCGUCCCCCGAUGCGCGGCGGUCUUGGCCCCCCAUCACAGUUCGAGCACCGGCCGGAGUCCCCCUGGGCACCUCCCCCCGAUGGAGCGAGGGGCGGGGUUCACAGAGGUGGCUGGGGCGGACCCAUGGGCCCCCGGCCGGACUGGCAGCCCCCCCCGGAGAAGCGCUGGAGGGGGCCUGAUGAGGGACGCCCCAACGGGGAGCCCCCGUCUGACGACCUCGACGAGGGGGGACCGGAUGGCUUGGACGCCUCCGAAGAGCCCCAGCCCCCUCCCGGAUUCGGAGAGCCCAAGGACGGGGACGAGCCCAAGUCGGAGCCCAAGUCGGAGCCCCCUACCCCGGAUAAGAAGCCCCCGGUCUCGGAAAGCGCUGCCGAUGCCGCCCCGGCUUCCAAGGGGCCCAAGGACGGACCCGGGGACAAGGGGGAGCAGGCCCCCCCCAGAGGCCCCCCCAAGAGGGAGCCCACCCCCGAAGUGGACGACUCGUUUGCUGAAGACCACUGGGACGGCUUUGAAGAGGGUGGGCCGUGGCCCCCACCAGAGGAGGGUCCCUUCGGCAGGCCGUGGGGGCCAGGACCCCCCAGGGGCAUGCCCAUGCGCAGACCCCCUAGAGGCUUCCCCAUGCACAGACCCCCCAGGGGGUUCCCACCGGGGAUGGAUCCAGGACCCCGUGGACCAAUGCGCGGAGGUCCCGCUCCCCGGGGGCCCCCUCCGAUGGAGUGGGACGUGAGGAAGCCCUUCCCGCCGGACUGGGGCCGCGGCCGCAGACCCCCUCCCCCCGGCUGGGGCCCCCCCCGGAGCCCCCACCACGGGCCGCCGGGCCCCCCCGAGUGGGACCGUCCCCCCAGGUUCCCUGGGGGACCCGGAGGUGACUGGGACCACUGGCCGCCCCCUUGGCCCGAGGAACCUCGCGGACCCCCGCCAGAACCGACGUGGGAGCCCGAAGUGAUUGACUACGGCCACCGGCCCGCGGAGGUUCCCGCCGGAGGAGCCAAGUUUGAAUCGUUCGACUAUGGCCAUGGUAGGACCGAAGAGACCAAGCCCGAACGCAAAGUGCUCGACUACGGGCACGGCGUGACGCACUCUUUGAGGCCGCCGAUGCGAUCUCCACACCUGGACGAUCUUCCGCGACGUGGGUCCCCGCUGAGGCCCUCUGCCGAAGGGCCGAGGUCGCGAGAGGCGAGUCCGCCCGUGCCCGUGGGGCCCAAGCCGGUCCUCGUGGAGGACCUUCUAGACCUGCCGGGGCGGGAGUCUCGUCCCCCGCUGCUGUGCGUGCUCGUCCGGGGGCCCCCCGGGUGCGGCAAGUCGCGCCUGGCUCGGCUGAUGAAGGAGCGGGAGGCCCAGGCGGCCGGUGGGGUGCCCCCCCGCGUCCUCUGCCUCGACGACUACUUCAUGCAGGAGGUGGAAGUGAACGACCUCGACCCGGACACCGGGAAGAAGGUCAAGCGCAGGGAGUUCCGCUAUGAGUACGAGGCGGAGAUGGAGGAGGCGUACUGUGGCAGCCUGCUCAAGUCGUUCCGCAAGACGGUGGACGGCCGCCUCUUCCCCUUCCUGCUGGUGGACGCUGUGAUGUCCCAGGCUCGCCAGCUCGAGCAGUUUGCGGGCUACGCCAAGGCACAGGGCUUUCAGGUUUAUGUGGCACAGCCAGGGUCUAUGGAUGCGGAAGAGUGCCACAAGCGUAACAUUCACGGCCGGUCUCUCAAGGACAUCACUCGGAUUAUCAAGUCGUGGGAGCCCACGCCAAGGCAGUAUCCAACCCUAGACGUGACGUCUCUACUAGCGGAGCUCAGCCCAAAUGGAAACGGCACGGAGGACGCUGCCACUGAGGACCAGUCGCAAGAAGACACAACCCAGGAGGAUAAUGAGGACGAAGACGAGGAUGUGCACAAGCCAAGUCGGUGGGAGCUGACGGAUGGCGGAACAGCAUGCACGGGCGAGAGGCUAUUACGGCUGGAUGGUCUGAGCAGUCAACGCCUCAAACAUACCUCUCUGGACGACUACCUCCAGUUGCCGGAUGACUACGAGGAGCGACAAAGCCAGCCAGGAAAGAAGAGGGUACGCUGGGCCGACAUUGAGGAGAGCAAGCAGCAGAAGCGCAUGCGGGACAUUGGCUUCGUGGUGGGCCAGACGGACUGGUCCAAGUUCACAGACCCCAGUCAAGCCGAGAAGGCACUCACACGCACCAAGUACAUCUGAGGGGGGAGGCCCCCCUUUUUUAGAAGGACACCCAUAAAGGACGUUUAUCUCUCA